AUGUUCUUGCAUUAUCUCUUCUAUUUUUAUACAUUCACCUCACAAUUAAGUACAAUUCAUUCGGAUUGUUCAUUUAUUGACUUAUGUACUUGUGAUACAAAUACAAAUGUAGUAAUAUGUGAUGCUAAUUAUGGUAAUCAAACGGAAAAUGAUUAUUUUUCUUUAUUUUCAUUAUUACCAUCUGUUGAGAAAUAUAUUUUUCGUAAUUUUCAACAAAUUCAAACAUAUACUUUUCAAAAUAUGACAUUUCUUACAAAUAGUUUAAUAACAAUUCAUCUUAUUAAUAUAACAAUAAUUGAGUCUGAUGUAUUUUCAUCAAAUAUAAUUAUAUUGAAUAAUUCAACAAUAUCAAUUGAUAUUGAACAUUCAAUUAAUCCAUCAAAUAUAACAUUACAAUUAAAUGUAUUUAAUCAUAUAAAAAUAAAUCGUUUACGUUUUUUUAAUAUAAAGAAUUUUAAUGGACAUUCAAUAUUUGAUACGAGUUGUUUUGGUGAAGAUUUACAUAUUAAUGAAUUAAUUUUUGAACAAUCAGAUAUAACUGGAUUUUCAAAUAUAAUGCAAAAAUCUGCUAAUAUUAAAAAUUUAUAUAUUCUUGAAUGUCCAGCAUUUAUACAAAUAACUAAUAAUAGUUUACCAUCAUUUCUCAUAACAACAGAACGUUUAGAAAUUUCAAAAACAGGACUUCAAUUUAUUAAUAUUCAUACAUUUCAAGCACAAUCACUUAUACUUAGAGAAUUAAUUAUACGUAAUAAUAAGAAUUUGAAAAAAUUUUCAUCAAAUUUCGUUGAUGGAGUUUUACAAAAUUUAGAUAAACUUGAUUUAAGUAAUAAUUCUAUUAAUAUAUUUGAUGAAAACUUUGAUUGGCUUCCAUAUAGUCAUAUAAAACAUUUAAUAUUUAAACAACAACAAUUUGAUUUACUUGUUAAAACAAAUAUAUUAAAAACUUUAGAAUAUUUACAAACAAUUGAUUUUUCUGAAGGAUUUAUUAAUGAAAAUACUGAAAAUUUCAUACAUAAUUAUAUUCCUAAUAUGUCUAAUCUUAUUUCAAUUAAUAUUUCACAUACAAAUCUAACUGAAAAUAUGAUGAUUAAUUUACUUAAACGUUUAAGUAAUUCAAAAAAUCAAAGUAUUAUAAUAAGUUUACUUGGUUAUAAAUUUAAUGAUGAUAAUUUCUGUUCAUAUUUUACAAUAUUUCAACAAUCAUCAAAUUUAUUUCAAUUUGAAUUAGAUGAAACACAUGAAUGUAAUUGUAUUGUUGAUUUAUUUUUUAAUUAUACACAAAUACAAAUAAUUAUGAAUGAUUCAUUAAUACAACCAAUAUGUCUAUUUAAUACUACACGAACACAUUGUGAUAUUCAAACACAAUUAAUUAUAUCAAAAUGUUCUAUCGAUAAACCAAAUCCAGACGAAUCAGAUGCAAAUAAUGAUGAUGGUGUUAAUUAUAAAUUUAUUGGUAUUAUGCUUGGAAUGGGUGGUGUUUUAUUAAUUUUAUUAGGUGUUGGUUCAGGUGUAGUCUAUCGACGACGACAAAAAAAUCGACAUAUGACUGUUAUUGAUAUGGAAGAACCUAUUGAAAAUCCGUUAGCAGUUGUUAUGGAACAACGUUUACGCACUUCACAUUAA